CGGCGUCGGCGGAGGGUGGGAACGGGAACCGGAAGUAGCUGGUGGGGGCCGGAUUGGCAGGAGACACGUCUGGCUCCGAGUCGAUUCGGCGGCGCCUGCGCCACACGCCCGGCGGCUGCGGCAGCUUCCUCAGAGGCGGAGGCCGGCCUCGGCGCGAUCUGGAGCCCCGACCUCGCGGUAGCUCGGUGGCCGGUGUGUAGCGAGGUCCCGGCGGCGGCAGAGCUCGGAGAGAUGUCGGACCUGGGGGACUGGUUCCGGAGCAUCCCUUUCAUCACCCGCUACUGGUUCGCCAGCUCCAUCGCGGUGCCGCUGAUCGGCAAGCUAGGCCUCAUCAGCCCCGCCUAUCUCUUCUUAUGGCCCGAUGCCUUCAUAUACCGCUUCCAGAUAUGGAGGCCAUUAACUGCAACAUUCUACUUCCCAGUGGGCCCAGGAACUGGAUUUCUCUAUUUGGUGAACUUAUAUUUUUUGUAUCAGUAUUCAUCACGACUAGAAACAGGUGCUUUUGAUGGAAGGCCAGCGGAUUAUAUGUUCAUGCUUCUGUUUAACUGGAUUUGCAUCGUUGUAUCCUUCUCAAUAUUAAAUUUUCAGUUGCUGAUGAUUCCCCUGAUCAUGUCGGUGCUUUAUGUCUGGGCCCAGCUGAACAGAGAAAUGAUUGUAUCAUUUUGGUUUGGGACAAGAUUUAAGGCUUGUUAUCUCCCGUGGGUUAUUCUGGGGUUCAACUACAUCAUUGGAGGAUCCAUCAUCAAUGAGCUGAUAGGAAAUCUGGUUGGACACCUAUACUUCUUCUUAAUGUUUAAAUAUCCAAUGGACUUGGGAGGAAGGAAUUUCCUAACCACACCCCUGUUUCUAUACCGCUGGCUGCCAAACAGGAGAGGAGGGGUAUCAGGAUUUGGUGUUCCACCCGCUAGUGUGCGAAGGGCUGCAGAAGAUCAACAGGGUGGUGGAAGACACAACUGGGGCCAAGGUUUUCGGUUAGGUGACCAAUGAAAAACUGCUGCUUUUGGAAAACAGUUGCUACACAUAGGAAUAAUCCUUCCUAGUACAGAGUGUACUUAAGAACUGAGUUUUCUCUAGUGCUUUUGGAGUUGACCCAUAAAUAAUUUUUCUGGCACAAGACAAAAUUAAGAACUCUUGAAGAUAAAUGUAGAUUUUAUCCCAGAUUAGAAAGUAGUGCUAAGUUCAAUACUGCCAUUAAAAAAGCCACCUUAGUAUUGUCCAUCUGUCACAGUGAAUCCAUUUCACCUCUCUCCUCUCUGAUGGAAGAUGCUGAUGGAUUUUGUCUGUGUUUCUCUUCCUCUGAUACACGAAGAGUUAAGAAUCCAGUCCUUGGCCAAAGGAUGGCUCAAAGUAACGUCUCCAUCUGUACAUCUAAAAGACUGAUUCGUCAAUAUUUAUGCUGGGAUUCUAGUCUUCAAUAACUUAACUUGUUAGGUGGCAGAAACUGUUCCGCAUUCAUAAAGCAAGACUAAAAGUUUUAGAAGCUUCCUUUCAGUUAUCAAACUGUAUUUCAGGAAAGCAGUUUUUUCUUCUCUUGCCAUGCAACAGUGAUGAAGAGAUGCUACCUUAAGCAUUGCAGCAAGAGAGAGCUUUCUUUUCAGUUUCUUAUGAUCAUUGCCAAUAUUGAUGGAUAUCUAAAUCUCUCCAAACCCUCGGUGUAAUGUACAUGGUUUGGUGUGUUUAAACCAAGGUUACAGCUGUCAUUUACUAUCCUGAAAUCUGAAAAAGGCUGGCUUCCAGGUUCAUAUUUAGUUGCAAAAUUAAAUAGACUCUUAUUUUACAAGUAGAAAAUGUCACAUAUUUUGGGUGUUCAUGUGAAGGGUACUGACUGCAGAGUUAUGUUUGUAUUAAUAAAAUGAGACUACGGCAUUCUCUUUAAAAGCUUUAAGAAAUUAAAUAAUCAGAACUGGAAAUAAACUUAGUCCAGUUACAAGAUACAAUAGAAUUGAUUUGAUUUUCUAAGGCCUUUCUCAUUCUCAAACAAGAAACUAUAUAAAGCCAUUAAUCAGUUCCUCUUUUUGCAAUUACUCCAUUUUUUUUCUUAUUGUGGGGUGGGGGUGAGGGGGAUGAUUGAGAGACAUCUACAGUCUUCUCCUAAUAGAAUCAUGAGGCUGUGGGUUCUAGUGAGCUGAGUACAUGGCUAGGAGCCAGGAAGUUAAUCUUUGCUCUUUCCACUGAUUCACCAUGUGGCCUUGAGUAAGUUACUUAGCCUCUGCAUCUCCAUUUUCCUAUCUGUAAAAUGGGACUGGUACUUACCACACAGGCUCAGUUAGUUUUAUGUAAUGCUGUGAAAAUGGGAAGUGCCAUGAAAGUCCUAAAUACUAUUAUUGUUAUUACUGCUGUUUUAUUUCCAGCAGCAAACUUGUAGGUUUCUAAAUACUGCCACUCACCCUGAACAAAUUGGAUUUAAUCCUUUUAUCUGUGACUGGCUUCAAAAGGAUGCAUUUUCUUUAACACACCAUAGUUGUGGUGGUCUUUGUGGCUCAUGGAUGAAUGCAGAGAACUGGUGAUCAUGUUACAUCUUCAUGGCUGUGCAGGUAUAUAGAGGUUCGGAACUCACUUAGCCCUUCUAGUUUCAGUAAUCGAGUUUUAAAGAUGCUCUUGCCUUGCCUUAUUUAUAUUUUAAUAAUGGUAAGUGGAAAGACUCCACUGGUGUAAAUGCUACUGUACCUAUUACCAUUAGUAAUGCUGACUUGUGGUAGUCCAGGAGCCAUCAUGCAUACAGUAGUCAUGUUGCUGCUGGUCUCCAAUUAGUUGUGUAUGUCAUUGUCUUCAAAGCAGUUGUCUUCAUUUUAGAAGCAGGAUCUAACUGUUAAGCAAAGUGACAGUUUAAGUGAUUAUCACAUAAGUUAUGAUUUACAUGUAUUCCAGUUGAAAUUCAUCUCUGUGCUGAGGGAUAGCAGAAGGUCUUAAAUGUUGGGGUUGUCCCUCUGCACAGAGGUGAAUUUCACUUUCGAGUGCAGGAGAAGCUUUUGACAUGAGAUUCUUGAUUUAAAUACUUUUCAAAGACUGAGAUGACUAGUCUUGCAAAUUUGGAACCCUGAACUAAUCUUAAAUUCACUUUGAAGACUCUGCAUUUCCCAUUUGAUGAGCUACAGCUGUACCUGUGUGUACUCGAAUCUACACUGACAAGGCAGAUUCCCUUGUUAUAAGGAGGCACUCAUUCUUCUGUACAGAGAAUUUCCCUUUUUGUAACUAAUUUUUUUGUUGGCAAAGUUUAAAUUAAAGUUUUAAUCUCUGAA